GGUGGGCACAGGAGAGACUGGAGCAGCCCUGCUAGAGAGGAGGUGAUUGCCAGAGGCGGGUUCCCAAUAUCAGCCUCACAUAGUGGGGAUACGACGUGUGAUGAAAUGCACCUAGUGAAGCCAUUGGCUCUGGUCACCAGGCUCUAUCCAAUGCUUUACUGGUGAUGCUGCUGAUCUAUUUGGGAAGUUGGCUGCUCUCUCUCUACACGAAGCUUCUUCUCUGAGCCUCAGUGGAAAUAUGCACAGUGCAGCCUCAGUACAUGAAUGAGAGCCCUGUGGUCCCUUCUAGCCUGGAACAUGGAGCCCAAAUCUCAGCUCACCCUGUCCCUGCUGCUGCUAUCCCAGGUUCUGGCUUUCGCCGUUGCAAGAGAUUACGACUGCACCCCAGGAUUCCAGCAGAAGAUUUUCUACAUUGAGCAGCCAGUGGAGUUUUUGGUGGACCAGCUCGUUCUGAAUGUGCAGUUUGACGACUGCCAAGGUAACGAAGAGGUGGUAUAUGAGGUUUCCAACCCGGAUUUUAAAGUGGAACCCGAUGGAUCAUUAAUCGCACUGAGGAAUGUGAAGGAAAAUAUCCGAGCCCUGUUCAUCCACGGACGCUCUACUCGCUCUGACGAUAUGGCGGAAGUAAAGAUUCUCGGGAGAAGGGACAGGCACGACGCAAAGAACAAAUCACCAAGACAUCAUGCACUUUUGAGACAUAGGAGGGCUAUUGUGGCACCAACCAUCUCUAUUCCAGAGAAUCAAAGAAUACCUUUUCCCAAAACUGUGGGCAAAGUUGUGGUGAGCGACAGGAUACAGGGAUCAAGGCUACGCAUUUUUGGAAAGGGCGUGGAUGAGGAACCCAAGGGCUUAUUCAGAAUAAAUGAAAAUACCGGAGAGGUUUCGGUGACGAGGGCACUCGACAGAGAGGCCAUCGCAACUUAUCAGUUACGAGUGGAAACCAUGGAUGAGACUGGAAAAACUCUUGAGGGACCUGUUGAUCUAGAAGUUGUGAUCAUCGAUCAGAAUGACAACCGACCAAUCUUCAAGGAAGGUCCAUACGUUGGCCAUGUCCUAGAAGGGUCUCCAACUGGGACCAUAGUGAUGAACAUGUUGGCGUUUGAUGCAGACGACCCCACUACCGAUAACGCCGUCCUGCGCUACAAUAUCCUCAAACAGACACCCGACAAGCCCUCGCCGAACAUGUUCUACAUCGACCCGGAAAAGGGCGACAUCGUCACGGUGGUGUCUCCGGCGCUGUUAGAUCGUGAAACAUUAAUAGCCCCUCAGUAUGAGCUGAUCGUAGAAGCCAAGGAUAUGGCUGGAAUGGACGUCGGCUUAAUUGGCACCGCUACCGCUACCAUUGUGAUCGACGACAAAAACGACCACCCGCCGGAGUUCACCAAGAAAGAGUUUCAGGCCACAGUUAAGGAAGGGGUGACUGGGGUGAUGGUGAAUCUGACUGUUAACGAUAAGGACGACCCAAACACGGGUGCUUGGAAGGCAGUGUAUACAAUCAUCAAUGGGAACCCCGGACAGAGCUUUGAAAUUCACACCAAUCCAAACACAAACGAGGGGAUGCUUUCUGUGGUUAAACCUCUGGACUGUGAGAUUUUGGCGUUUCACACCCUGCUAAUCAAAGUUGAAAACGAAGAUCCUCUUAUACCAGAUGUGGGCUAUGGGUCCAGCUCAACGGCGACCGUUCAGAUCAACGUAUUAGACGUGAAUGAGGGCCCCGUAUUCCAACCCGACCCGAUGAAAGUGUUGACGCAGGAGAACAUUCCGGUCGGAUCCACGUUGUUCACAGUGAGCGCUACAGAUCCAGACACCUUGCAGCACCAGUCUAUGCGGUUCUCCAUGCUGAAGGAUGACGCUGGCUGGCUCUCCAUUAACCCAGUGAAUGGGACAGUCAACACAACAGGCCCGCUCGACCGAGAGUCCAUGUUUGUCCAUAACAACACGUACACCUCGCUGAUCCUAGCAAUAGACAAUGGCACUCCACCAGCUACCGGCACAGGGACAUUACAGAUCACGUUAGAAGACGUCAACGACAACGCACCAAUCAUCUACCCGACCUCAGCGAAAAUGUGCGAAGACACGAAAGAUCUCAACGUCAUUACCUUGGGGGCAUGGGACCGAGACCUGCAUCCGAACUCCGACCCAUUUAAAUUUGACUUGGGCAAACAAGCGGGAUCGGACAAAGCCUGGAAAAUAACCCAGCUGAACAAUACCCAUGCGCAAGUCAGCCUCCUUCACAACCUGAAGAAAGCCAAUUACAAUCUGCCGGUGGUGGUGACGGACGCCGGGAAGCCUCCGUUGACGUACAGCACGGAUGUGAUGAUCCAAGUGUGCUCCUGCAAGAAAGGCAAAGUGGACUGCAGUUCAGCCAGCGCCCCCCACCUCAACAUGGCCGCCGCCCUCCUUCUCACACUCUACAGUCUGUUCUGUGUGUGAGCACCCGGAUCUGUCGACGUCGGCUACCGCAUCGCCAUGGCAACAGGAUGAGUGGAGAAGAAAAAAAAAUGAAAAUAAAGUGUUUAUGCGAAGACUGCAGUCUCCGGUUCAUUCAAGACCAGUCCUCAAUUGCUCCAGACUUCUGUUUAAUUUGCAACCUCAAUUAGUCUAUAAAGCGGUACGCCCGUCCUCGGCAGCCUCCGAGUCUGCAUCCUUUGUAUUAACGGACCCUCGCUGGAGACACCGGCGCUACAAGAAUUCUAUUUCCUCCCGUCUGAAAGACACCGAGAAGAUUUGUUUGAACUUGUCGUGCUGAAGGCGGAACACAGCGAUUCCAUUCACAGCGCCCGUUUAUUUCUACUCUGUUGUACUGAUUACCGAACCUAAAACAGUCUGUCAGAUGCGUGUGUACGUGUGCUUCAUUCUAAUAGACCCCAGACCACCGCCCCUACGCCCCAGACGCCCUCGUGGCUGCCAGCAACACGUUUUUCAAGGCAGCAUGUUGUGUGCACUGAACCAAAACACUUCAGAGAAAUACAGGAAAGGAUUGCUUAAUGGGUUCAUGUUAAUAAGAUUACCAAUCAGUAUUUGACAAGGAGGCCGGGAUGGCGGAAUAACACAUUAAGCAUACAUCUACGGUGCAAAUAAAAUGUAAUAAGAUGCCACUUAAACACAUUGUAAGGCUGUCAGAUAUAAUUAGAGUAUCUUAACCCCCGUCCUUUUUCGGACGACCGUGGUAUCAGUUACUCAGCAAAGCAGCAGAAAAAUAAAUGCUAUAGAAAUAGUCUGAAUGGGGGGGGUCCGUGUUUUAUAAAAGUUGUUGUACAGUAGAUUGCAAGGCCGACACAUUUCAUGCAUUAUACCCCCCCUUACCCCUACCUGUUUGCCCGUAAGGGUAUAACGUCUGCAAAGAGUGGUUAUGGUGCUUUGGAGUCUGUAAAGUAUUCCCUCACAGGGGUCAGCGCGCCGUUGUGUCAUAAUAUGCAAUUUUAUGGCUGAAGCGCCCUCAUCUUACAGUUCCAGAGUUGGCUACAUUAGUCUGUCGCCCUUUGCUUUGUAGAUAGUAUACAGAGUCAUCGAAUACAUAUUUUAUAAUGACAAGGUUAAAGAGAACAUAUUACCACGGCGGCUUUUAUUUGUGUAUUACAGUAUAUAGUACUUUGCGCAGUCACGGCUCCGAGACUGCGGCGGGCUGCCGCCCCCUCCGCCCCCCCAGUUGUCCGGCUUUGUUGGGCCGAAUCAGAUUGAGUGCACUAUAUAAAUGGCCUCUCCUGGACUACCACAGUCCCACUUAUAACCUUGAUUAUUAAUUACGUUCCUAAGGACCUAGUAGUAACAGUGGUGACAUCUUCUCUUUAAUGUUAGUAAACAGCUUUUAUUUUACAGAUCAGAAUAGGGGUCCCUGCAACAAAUGGAUUUUGAGCUGGGAAAUGAUGCAAAAAAGGACAGCAGUAAAUUAUCCUGGAACGGUUAUUAUCCACGUUAUAAAGUCCCCACCAUGAUGCAUACGGUCGUGUAGAGAAUAUCAUUCACAUCAGUCAAAGGGGGUCAUUCCGACCUGAUCGCACGCUAGGAUUUUUCGCAGCGCUGCGAUCAGGUCAGAACUGCUUAUGCACCGCAAUGCGCAGGCGCGUCGUACGGGUACAAAGCGGAUCUUUGCUGAGCGAUGGAUUUAACGAAGAAUCCAUUCGCGCAGCCGAUCGCAAGGAGAUUGACAGGAAGAAGGCGUUUGUGGGUGUCAACUGAGCGUUUUCUGGGAGUGGUUGGAAAAAUGCAGGAGUGUCCAAGCAUUUGCAGGGCAGUUGUCUGACGUCAAUUUCGGGACUGAAGUGAUCACAGCGGCUGAGUAAGUUCAGACCUACACGGAACCUGCACAAAACCUUUUUGUACCGCUCGGCUGCACAUGCGAUCGCACACUUGCAAAGCGAAAAUACACUCCCCCAUGGGCGGCAACUAUCUGUUCGCAGCGCUGAAAAAAAUAGCUAGCGAGCAAUCAACUCAGAAUGACCAACUAAAUCCACUUACACACACACUAAGGUCCAUUUAUCACACCUACCAAUAUAUAUGUGUGUGUGUAUUUGGAUUGAGGUUGGAAACCCGUGCAAAGAUGGAGAGAUCAUACAGUACCAAAUCAACUCCAUUAGGGCCCUGGCUGUGAUGUAGCAAUGCUAACCACCGUGCUACCGCAGUGCACCAAUGGUGAGGUGUCUGGUUCAGCAAACCCUACCUCCUUUGCGGUAGCUCCCACCCACAACCAAACAGGUUAAUUUAUUGCUGAAUCCCCACGUUAGAGCUUUCUCAGCUAUGCAAAUUAUACAUCAAAUAAUGCACGUUCCAAAAAGUGAGCAGGUUUAUGUAUAAAUGUAUCGGGGCAAGAUGACAAAACUGACGUUGUGAAAUUUAAUUUCCUUACAAAUGAAAUUGCAGAAUGUUUAGCUCUUUUGUGUCUCCACGGGGAGUUUUCUAUCAGUAACUUCAAACGCUAGUAUUUUUUAUUUUAUUUCUUUUUUUUUUUUCCUAAUUUGUGCUUAAUCAUAAUGAAUAAAGCACCAUCAGCCUUGGUAUAUGUCUAUAGAAUUAUAUACGCGGAGAAAAAAAGUUACAUUAAAAAAAAAAAAAGGAUAUUUUUAUCAGUCUUUGGAAAGUGUGCGUCGGUAAAGUUUUCUUUUUACGUGAGCGCGUCCGUAGCAGAGAACAAAUGGGAUUAAUAUAUAAUUUUCACGCCCUGUAAAUGACACCAUCAAAGCUCACACCAAAUUUUUAUAAAGAGUUCUAGUGAUGGGCAAUUAACAGUUCCAACAGGUAUCUAGGGUUAAAACACACGACGUGAUGACUUAUUUACUAACACGGUGUCAAAGAAUGAUAAUAGGCUGUAACCCAGAGCAACCAAGAAGGUAUCAGCAGCAUAGUAUGACCCUGAUCUUUGAUUGGUUGCUAUGGAUCACGGAGAAUGGUUGCUAUGCCAGUCGUUCUAUCCUGUAAUAAUAUAUUCCAUUUCUGCUACAAGGAUCUUUCAAUGACAAAUGGUUUAAAGGAAAAACAAGAUUAUUAUUAUUACGUAGCUAUGUUACAGAUGGAUACUGUACUGUACACAUAUUUAAUAUGCAUUUCUAUUGUAUUUUUCCUGCUUGGUUAUAUGUUUCCUGUAAGGUUUAUUUUUGUAGUUAAACAGUCAGAAAAAACAUUUAUAUUAUUAUAGCACCACGCCGAUCCUAAAACGUGUUCUUGUGACCUAGAAUAAGCUGCAAAAUAGCCGAGUCUUUACUUGGUAACUUAAAAAAAAAAGAAAAUAGGAAUAAUUGCAAAAUAAUAAUUAGAAAAUUAUUAUUAUUAUUUUUUUUGAUGUGAUUUCCAAUGUAAUUAGGAGUAGACCCUAUGUCUAAUACUAGGUAUAUAGUACAUUGGGCACAAGAGGCUUGGAACGACUGUAGUGUUUUAAUCUGUACAAACCCUGGGUGCAAUACGUCAGGACAAUUGUGUGUCCUAAUUAGCGUUACCGGAAUGUAAAUGUGUCAGGAUAGUAAGUAAUAGGACAUAGGAGUUCUAGAUACUGAUUAUUAAUUAGGAACUGGAAAGUAAAGCAGUUACUCUGAGGUCUGUUACUGACGACCUGAAAUUGGUGCCACACCCGUCAUUCCUCAUAUAGGUAAUGAGGAUCUUAUGGCAGUGUAAAAUGACUGUCGGAAGUAAGGCGCUAGAAGUAAGACGCCCGGAGCCAUGUUUACUGCAUAUGGGGGGGUCAUUCAGAGUUGAUCGCUAGCUGCAUUCGUUCGCUGUGCAGCGAUGAGGCAAAAAAAUCGGCACUUCUGCGCAUGUGUAUGCGGCGCAAUGUGCACACGAGUCGUAGAUUGCACCGAAUGAUGUAAUUUCACACAAGGUCUAGCGAAGCUUUUCAGUCGCACUGCUGGCUGCAGAGUGAUUGACAGGAAGAGGGCGUUACUGGGUGUCAACUGACCGUUUUCAGGGAGUGUUCGGAAAAACGCAGGUGUGCCAGGAAAAACGCAGGCGUGGCAGGGCGAACGCAGGGCGUGUUCAUGACGUCAAAACAGGAACUGAACAGUCUGAAGUCAUCGUAAGCGCUGAGUAGGUUUUGAACUACUCUAAAACUGCACAAAAAAACUUUGCCGCCGCUCUGCGAUCCUUUCGUUCGCACUUCUGCUAAGCUAAAAUACACUCCCAGUGGGCGGCGGCAUAGCGUGUGCACGGCUGCUAAAAACUGCUAGCGAGCGAACAACUCAGAAUGACCACCAUGGUCACAAACUGUGACAUGACGCACCACUCCCCCGUUACCUCCCACAAACGCAGUGCUACUUGCACACAUGCCCAGCGGCAAAAACAUGGCUCCACUGCGUACAACAUCGUUACUUCGCCAUCUCAGUAUCAAGCCCGUAGUCCGUAUAACAACUCUAUAUUCUCCUUCCUACACGCCCUAACGUGAGGACGUUCUCCAGAACUCUCUGCUCACCCCCCACCUGUCUCCGGGACAGUCUGCCAUCCAGCAGGUCAGGACAUUUGGACAAAUUAAAGAUCAGGUUAGAAGUCAUGUCUCACUAACAAAUGCCAGUCCGGUGUGAUGUGCCCCAGCGGCCGUUGUAUGUGGCAUUGGGGGGGGUGAUUUUGGAGAGGAGUUUGGGGGCAGUUCAGCAUGUUGGAAACGCUGCCGGGGUACACGGCACGCCCCAUUGUGACCUCCCCUUUUUUCAUGCAUACCCACACUGUCACAAUUACGGAAAUAUAGAUGUUUGGGGUAUAAGAAAGGAAAGUAAUAAAUCCUUAUACAUGUUGUGUUGCUUAGUUGACCUGUAACAACCUAGUAACUAUGGGGGACAUUUACUAAGCAGUGAUAAGGGCGGAGAAGUGAGCCAGCAGAGAAGCGGCCCAAUCAGCAGCUCUGUAUCAUUCUAUAGUACGCAAAUUAUAGAUGUUACUUCAGUGCUGAUUGGUUGAUGGGGCAACUGCUCCACUGGCUCACUUCUCCGCUCUUACCACUGCUUAGUAAAUGUCCCCCUAUGUCCCUUACAAUAUUUGUUUUGACGCAGCCCCCGUUCUCUUCCGCAGUCUCUCCAUCGGAAUGAGCGUCUUGUUUAUCUCGUAUAAAACAGAUUCACUUUGUGUGAGCGACACACUUGUAUAUGUGGUACAUCCGCUGUCCACAGGAUCAGUAACACCGCCACAUACGUAGCAGCGGUACUUACCGGUGCCCAUCUAGCCAACUGCGCAUGUGUGACCUGAGACUACGCAUGCACGCAGCAGCUGGGCGCUCAGCGCAGAGGCGGCAUAGGGGUCACGACGCUGGCCCUGCUUUCCAUUAUGAAGAAGCGGUGAUCUCCGUGACUGUAACCACCUCCUGCUGCUCAGGACAGGGCACAUUCACCACUUGCUGUGUCCUUCCCUCAUAAAGCCGUUCCACCAUAGUCUUUUGGCGGGGAUAACACUUAACGCAACGGUGCCUUCAUAGGAAUCACUAGAAGGUGCUUCAUAGUCCCGAGCAACAAUGGGGGGUCAUUCCGAGUUGAUCGCACGUAGCAACUUUUUGCUGCCCGUGCGAUCAACUAGACGCGGCCUAUGGCGGAGUGUAUUUCUGCAUAGCAGGGCUGCGAUCGCUUGUGCAGCCCUGCUGUGCUAAAAAAGUUUUGUGUAGAACAAGACCAGGGUCAUAGUUACUUACUUAUUUCUGUAUACAGCUCUAUGGCGCUGUGAACAAAACUCUGAGUUCAUGGCGACUGUGAGUGCAGCGUUGUAUCUAUAAUGGGUCCAGUGAGCUCACACCGCACCCAUUUGUUAAAUACUUUCCUCUUCGGAGUCCCGUGUUGGCAGCGGCGGUGCUGCAAAAUCACUGUGCGCGUGCAGUAGGGAGAUAGCCGGGAUAAUGGCCAUCGCGCCAUCUUCUAGGAAACCUGCGCAAUGGCACAGCGUCAGAGUCUACUAACGCUUAAAGUAAUUAGCUACCAGCUAUAGACAGGAGGGGUCCCAAAUGGAGACUGUUUAUGGGCCCCCUCCUCCCAUAAUACGCCCAUAUAUAUAUAUAUAUAUAUAUAUAUACAGAUGGAGCCCUGCUCAUCUAUCCCUUUAAUACGAUUAUCUUGGCCAGGGCAGUCUGACUUAAUCCCCCGCUGUAAUGACGUAAUCCCCUGCUGUACUGUUCUCUCUGUAUUGUAUUGCAGCUGAGAACAAUAGAUGAAAUACUUAUGCUAAUAAACAUUGGUGUGCCUAGGUGCAGCAGAGAAGGAUAGAUGAGCGUGGCUCCUUCUGUAUAUCAGCUCUCCGAUGAAUUAACCCUAAUGUCCAGACGUGCACAUUACCAUCAAUUACAGUAGCAGCUCUCUCUGAUUUUCCUGCACUCCUCUGUAAGGUAUGGCGGAAUGUCACAGAAGAUGGAUGGUCGCGUAGCGCAAUCCUCAACCACUACUGUAUGCGCACAUUGCCUGGAAUUUAUGGUAGUGGGUGGGGCCUGGCUGCUAGCCGUGUGAUGCUUUUCCACCUUUUCAUUGGCUGUAGUAACAUCCAAGGUGAGCAUCUCGCAUAUCAUUAAAAUGUCACCUAUAAUUAGAAGCAGCCCAUGUGACUAGAAUUGGUUGGGUACAAAAUCCUGCAUGUCAAAAUCCUGUAUGGAUCGCGGUAAGUAUUUUAACCUUAACCCACCUCUCCCGCAGCCUAACACUAAACACCUCCCCCCCCCCCGCUGCCUAACCCUAACCUCCCCCCUCCCCUACACCCUCACCUCUCUUACCCUAAUCCCUGUUGGGGUCCCGACCGUAUCCCGAUUAUAACCAACUCUAUAGCUGAACGCUUAAUUUCUACCAGAUCAGAGGAACACCCAAUGACGAACCCUCAAAGAGACAGAGGGGGUCAUUCCGAGUUGAUCGCACGCUAGCAGUUUUUAGCAGCCGUGCAAACGCAUAGUCGCCGCCCACGGGGGAGUGUAUUUUCGCUUUGCAGGAGUGCGAACGCCUGUGCAGCCGAGCGCCUGCAAACACAUUUUGUGCAAAACAAGACCAGCCCUGUAGUUACUUAUCCUGUGCGAUGAUUGCUGCGACGAGUGACACGUAAUGACGUCAGAUACCCGCCCAGCAAACGCCCGGCCACGCCUGCAUUUUUCCAAAUACUCCCAGAAAACGGCCAGUUGACACCCAUAAACGCCCACUUUCCGUCAAUCUCCUUUGCGUUCGGCUGUGCGAUUGCAAUCGUCGCUAGAACCAGUGCAAAACCACAUUGGACUUCGUACCCACGACGCGCGUGCACAUUGCGGUGCAUACGCAUAUGCAGAUUUGCUGUUUUUUUCACUGAUCGCUACGCAGCGAACAACGGCAGCUGGCGAUCAACUCGGAAUGACCUCCUAGAUACCACCGCCCAAUUCACCUUAUUUAACACAACUGGCCGGGAGGCUUGGACCAGGUGACAGUCACAUGACAAGCAUGUCCCCCGAUUCUGCCAGAUACAUCCUGCUGCUGCAGCUGAACCGCCAGGCCACUUACAUAUUGCAUUUCACUUAUCAGUACACAUCUCUUUUACAGAAACUCUAAACCUAAAACGUUUCCGUACCUUGUUAGAAGUGCAGAUAUUGUGUUACGUAGGGUAAUAUUUCCUACUUUCUAGCAUCUCAUUAUUGCCUCUUUUAGCCACAUUUGCAGAAUAUAGUUGAUAAAACAGAUUAGUAGCAUGUACUGCGCUACAUAGAAGUGUAAGUAAAAUAACAAGUUUACAGUAUUACGUUUUGUGUAAUGAAUGUUACCAGCUGGCAGCUUUUUAUGCAAGGAUAUUUACUGAGAACAAAAUGGACCCAUAGGGGGCGCUGUGUAUGAUACUGUUUUACGCCACCUAAAGUUACAAGUUUACUAUUUCAUGCAAUUAAUCCGAGACCUCAUUAACUCGCCUUAUCAGAUGAAUGAAAUCACAGUUUCUUCCUAACCCCGAACAGCUGUGCAAUUAUCUGUGCAGACCCAAUCCUCAGAGACGUAGGGAACAGACCUCAAACAAUGGCACCUAUUCUGGAGAUAUGGCAUUGCCGGCUUAGGAGGUGAACGCAACUGAACUAAAACAAUUUCAACACAUGGCGGGCACCAAACUGACUCCUUAUCACGGUUACGCUUUGUAAGCUGAACCAAUAUUCAAACUAUGGAUUCACUAGGACCUGGUGGCAUUACUGAGGCAUGAGGCAGUUUGUGCCUCAUGCCUAUGUGAUGCCACAAGUUCCCAAACAAUUCGUAGUCUGCAUUUCCAUGAAUAUUGGACCAGCUCACAAAAACAGCUGAUGAAAAAUGUUAAUGAAUGUGACUUAAAUCACACAUAUUAUUAUUACACUGUUUAAGAUAGGGAUGUACAAAGCACGGUUUGUCUUAACCAGAUGUAACUGAGCAACGCUGUAAAUUCUCUGAAGCUUUUUUUUCUUCUUCUUUUUGGGCUAUUGUUUUACUUUUCCAAUAUCUGUACCAUGAGAACAGACGUCCAACCUGGAUUUCUUUCUGAGCACAUGUGAUUUGAGACACUGGUUCCGGGCCCUAGUUGCUGAGCUGCUUGCUGUUCCUGAGGUGUAAAUAAGCAUUUUGAUUUAUGAUGUGGUUGCAAAGAAACUUGUAAUUUAUUUGUGAAAUGCUCAAAUAAAGGAACUCUGGACUUUUACCUA